GCCGGCCACGCGCCCUUAACAACGGGUUUUUUUUUUUUAUUUCCCCUCCUAUCUCAGGUUAACCAUACUCUUCUCUAACUCAACAAAGGGUACGCUUUUCCGUUCCAUAGCAGCAGAUGUUUUAUUUUUUUACUUUCUAUUUAUCAAUAUCUAACCCCCCUGUCAGUACUGAGGUACAUACGGGAUCAGAUUUAAUGGUAUCACAGCAUCAUGUCAAACCGUUAGAAACUAUUGCACUUUACGGCUGCUGAAAGUUCGCGAUCUCUUCGGCAGAAUGGAAGUUCGAUAAAAGUUGAACUGUUUAUUACCCGCUUAAAACAAGCAUACUUUAAAUCUCAUGCAAGUAAAUGUUUGCUGAUUUUUAUUAACGAUGCUGCAAGACUAGCACAGAAAAAAAAAAAAAAAAAAAAAAAAAAAUCGAUAUUAGAAAUUAAAAAGUAUUUUUCAAUUAAAGAAGACUAAGUUAAAUAUUAAGCGGUAGUUUUCUGAAAGUGUUAGUUCCACUAAUAUUUGAUGAUGAUUAACUGCUACAUGGAUCUAGGAUAACAUGAUUUUUCAACAAACAGCAAUGACAACCCAAGACGGCCCACCGUUGCAUAAUUUUUGCACCGACAACUGGACAUGGAACAAGCGAGAUAAGUCGCAUGAAGUCCAGUUAUGUGGGGCUAAUUUGAAGACGGCCCAUUUCCAUCCUAACUGGAGUAACGGUACAGCUGGUGUUCGAGGCACGAGGAUUUUGAACAGAGGUCUAUUUUAUUGGGAAAUAAAUGUUACGCAAAGAAUAUUUGGCACCAGUAUGAUGUUUGGCGUCGGCACCAAAAAGGCUCGUUUACAUAUUGAUUCCUUUGUCAACAUGCUCGGCGAAGAUAAGUACGGAUGGGGUUUAUCCCACAAAGGUCUUCUGUGGCAUAACGGGAAAUGGAGGCAGUACACCAAGCCAUUUCGAGAGAAUGAAGCAACCACAGUAGGAUUGCUGUUUGAUGGAAUAAAAGGCACCCUAACUUAUUACAAAGAUGGCUAUAACCUUGGAGUAGCUUUCACAGAUCUCCACUUAGUUAAAGAUGAAUUGUAUCCUAUAGUAUGCUCUACAGCAGCCAAAACCGAGAUGUCUUUAAGUAAUACUAAACGAGAAUUUGGAAAUCUCCAAGACAGAUGUAGAGCAGUAAUUCUGAAUCUUCUUCGGCAAGCUAGUGAUAUACGAGAGCUCAGCCUCCCGAAUGCUGUUAAACUUUAUCUUUCAGAGGGUACUGACAAAAUUCUUCCCUCUGAAAGGCCUUGCAAAGGUGCUACUCGUCAUAAUUAUUUUAUGAGGUCUAGUAGUUGUGGACCACAUCGAAUAGGUAGUUUAAAAAAUUACCUCGUAGUUUGAAUGCCAUUCUUAUGGAAACGAUAAAAAAAACCAAAGAACAUUUUUUGUCUCCACUUCUACGCAUAUAAAUUUAAAUGCUGAUUUCUACUUUAAUAGCGAUAUUUUCAUAUCUUGUUAAGUGAAAGCUCUAGAUGCUAGUUUCAAACGCAGUUUAGAGGAGGAUAAGCGAUAAUAAAGGAAGAAACGUUUUUAAAGUUUAUAAAAGCAUAUGAAAAGUUCUAAACUCGCAAUUUAUAUAUUAUUUACUAAGUUGAUAUGUAGGACUUAUAUUAUUUACUAAAAUGAUUAACUAGCAAUGACAAACAUAAAAAAUGAUAAAACAACAUUUAAAAAAUAAUAAAAAGUUCUUUAAAUUAUAUUUGCUAUAAUUAAAGAUUUAAAAAUGCAAGGUCCAAUUUAUAUGUAUGGUUUUACUUAGUAUAGCACAAAAAACUUUCAUUUGAAAUUAAUUUUCAAAAAUGAGAAUUAUUUUAAAAUAAAUCCUAUUCAAUACACAUAUGAAAGGAUAAUAUUUUCAUGAAUUUAUAAAAUUAACCAUUCUUAAAACUUUCUCAAAAUACACAUUACUGUACACCCAAUGGAAUUAAAAUACAUUCUAAAUGAAGAAUUUGGGAAUCAAACAUUUCUUACAAAAAGUUUGAAAAAUUCUACAAAUUGAGUACCGGAUUCUCAUUUUUUAUUGCUUAAUUAAGAAAGAAUUGUACAUAUCACAAUUCUUCUUUCACAAUAAAAUAUAAUAUUGUAUUAGCUGCAAUCAUAAUAUUGAUACCUAUCAAAAAGCACUGAAGAACUAAAACUGAUUAUUUUUACAUUCUCUUGAAAUGGUGAACAUUUAUCACUUAGACAAAAGAGGAAUUCAUAAAUACUGAAGCUUCAAAGGAGUUUGCAAUUUGCCAUUUUUCAAAGGAAAUCAUUUACAUUACACUAUGAAAUAAUAUAUAUAUAUUUAUAUUAGGAGAUAAUAUAAUAAAUAUUUCUUUAGUAAAUAAUUUAUUAUUAUUAUAUAUAUAUAUAAUUUGAAAAAAAUGUUGAGACUGAGAAAUUUUACUUUUUAUAUAUAACUUUUCAAGAAGUAACACUUCACAUUGUUCAAUAUUGAAUAAUUUAUUUAGCAUAAAAAUUAAAUUAAAAUACAAAUUUUAUUAACCAAUCAAUUACUAGAAAAAUAUUGCUGUAUUGAAUAAUUUCAUGAGAAGAAUUAUAAACGUUUAUAUUUAGAUAUUUGUUUCGUUGAAAGAUUAUCAGUCACUUAAAUACAUAAUUAUUCACAGUAUAUGGAAAGAAAUAUGAAAGAAUUAUUUUAAAUCCCUUUUGCCUUACAUUUUUUUUAAAAAUUAAGUGAAUCACAUAUUAUACUUUACAUAUUAAAGUGUCAUUGGCCCCACGUAUAUCAUGAUUCUGUCUUUUAUUUAUUUUUUUUUUUUAUUUUUUGCUAUUUUUGCUUAUAUAUGCCUUUUUUACACUGUUUUUAUGCUUGACAUUAUGCUAAAAGAAAGGGGUGUAUAUGCUCUGAGGCACACUCAUAUACACAUGCUCUCACACACCCUACAAAAAGUAUAUAGAAAUCACAAACUAAUUUUUUCACUAUCAAAAAUCAAACACCUAACAAACCUUUAAAAAUGUUUUUCCAGAGCCGUGAAUUUUUUACUGUGCAGAAGAUGAGAAAUUUUCAGACUGAAAUGUUCAAUUAUACUAACUUCAGUUUAAAAUAUUUACUGAAAAAUAAAUGGGAUUUUUUUUUUCUUCCUAAUUUAAACUUAACAAGUAGUUAAAUAUGCUUGGAGGUUAUAUCUAUGAAACAUCAAAAAAUGAUAUGAAUAUGCAGGUUAUGUUUGAUUUGUGUUAACUCUAGUCAUAGUUAAAUGUUUAAUAAUAAUUAAUUAGCGAGAUAUAAAUAUUUUAUAAUGAAUAGAAUAAAAGAGAAACAGGUCUUGUAUAGAUGGAAUCUUUUUAAAACUCAAAAUGAUAAGAGAUUUGCUUUCUAAAAGAAGGACAAUUUCUCCAUAAAAUUUGCCGAUAUUAUUACUUAUAUACAAAUAACACUUCAAUACUCUCUUUUAUUUAACUAAAAUAAUUUUCAACUGUCAGAGCUCAAAUUUUUAAAAUCACAAUUCAUAUUGUAACACAGUUUGGAUUCUUUACAGAAAAUUAAUUUUUUUGGGGUUAUCAAAAAUGAUGAUCAGAUUAUCUCAGAAAAGUAAAAAUCAUUUGAUUAAAAUUUUAUUUAAAUUACAGGAAACUUGUUUAAGAUUUUUAUACCUUAUAAUUUUAUAAAUGAUAUUUGAACUAAAUGAAAAAAAUUGAACACAAUAAAUUUAAUUUGGAGAUACUCUUUUAAUUGAUAUGAUCACUAACUACUGGAAUGCAAAAAUUAGUCAGUUACACUAUUAAAUACGAUAAACACGCAACAUAUUUCUAGGAAACCCUAUCCAAAUGGCAAUCGCAAAAUAAUUCUAUAAAUGUAUUAAACUAUAUCACAAAUAUGAAAAAUUCUUAAAAAUAUGAUUAAAAACUUAUACAGCUAUAAAUUUCAUUAAAAAUCCCAUUAAAAAUAAAUUCAGGAAAGAAAGAAAAAUUAACCAAAAUGUUAAAAAAAUUAAAAAGAUUUGAAAGAAAUGAAAAUGAGAGAAAAUGAAACUCAUAGAUAAAAAUAGCAAACUGAAUUAUUAAGUUCUGUAUAACUUUCAAUUAUCAAGUGAAAAUAGGGGAGGAAAAGGGUAUUUUCUAUUCGUUGCUGACUCUGGAAUAUACAGUUACUGCAAGCAUUAACUUAUAGUUAUUAUGUACUAACAGUUCAUUUUUCAAUUAAAGAUUACUCGAGACAAACAUUUGUCAGACAAAAAUAUUGUAUUUGAUACGUUAAGAAGAUAUUAUUAAGGGCUGCUUCACUUGAUCAAUUCAGGCUAUUGCAUUAGCAUUUUAACUUAACUGUAAAACAUACAUGUUAAUAAUGAAGCAGUACAGUUGAAUGUAAAUUAAUUAGCUUAGCUUUCAACACAUAAUGAAAACUACUGUAAUGAAAAUUAAAUCAGUAAACCCAUUAAUCUUUUUUUAAAUUGUUGCAAUGUCUAUUCAGUAUUAAUAACCUUAAAAAAUCAAUAAUAAGAAUAAAUUUAACACAUCAUAUUUGAAAUUACAAAUUCCUUAAAAAAAUCCUGCUGAUAAUAUAUACAUAAUUACAAGCAUUGAAAUUUCAAUGAAACAAUACUCAGUUUUGCAAUAACAAAUAUCUAUUUUUUUUAACUACUAUAUUGUUAGCAUAUGAAAGGUAACUAUAUGGUGGAUAUUUUAAAUGCAAGUUCUAUAUUAGCAUAACAUUCACACAGUCUCGAUAAAUAUUAACAUAUUUAAUAAUUAACAAAGAAUGUUUGAAUUUUGCAUGCCAGUAGAUACUUAAUAAAUACAGGGGAUAAAUUUUGCAUGCAUUAUUAUGCAUGAAAUGUAACAAAAAUUAAUAUUACAAUCAGCUUUCCAAGAUGAUCUCACCUACCUCAUAUAUCUGCAUCACUGAGUUGUGUUAAAAUAAGACAGUGACAUAAAUGACAUUUGUAAUAUAUUUCAUUCUUUCUAAUACAUAAGUAUGCAAACAGAUAGUAGCUGUUAGUAUUCAUGUGGAGUGUUGAAUAGUCUGCCAAUUACAUUUUGUGUAAACAUGUACAUAUGUAUUUUUGCACUACCAAAUAUUUAUAGUCAUUUGCUUGCAAUGAAUUUCCAUAUUUUGUAUGUAGUGUAUAUGGUUAAAAAUGUUUUAAACAUGAGUGUAAGUUUAAGAGCAUAUAUGAAUUGAAAAAUAUUAUAUUAUCUUAAUUCUUAAAAUUGAAAUCAAGAUUUAAAUAAGAAUUAUGGCUUUAUUUGAAAUAGGACCUAUAAGUUUUUCGAUGGUGGACAGCUGUGAAGAAAAAUAUUUUAUGAAUCUGACCCAUAUGAACUUUGUCUCAAUUUAUCAACAUACUUUUUGCACAUUCCUACCCUCUUGAUAUAAGAUUACAUCAUUAAUAUGACCAUUUGAUUCCAAGAAUCCACUAGCAUCUGAGUAGUAAAAUCGCUGAACACUGGUAGUUCCAUAAGAAGUUCAAAUAUCGCAAACAGGCUGCCUGCAUGGGCAUUUGUUAUGGUUUUCCCUAUGCAUAACAUGUAUACAAGCCAAUUACCCUUAGAAAAUUCUCCUUUUCCCUAUGCAGAUAGCCCUCGAGUGCUUUGCCAUAAUCUUUAAAAUAAACCAAAUCAUUUGAUCCUAAUUUUUUCAAAUGCACAGAAAAUUUUAUAAACUAAUACUGCUAUUUUUUUUAAAGGAGUUCAUUUUUAAAAACAAGGAAAAACAGAAAACGCUUUGAUCCAUUACCUGUUUUGUGUCCAAAAUAUAUUUAUGUACAUUAAUUUUUUUUAAACUUAAUGCACUUUCAAGGUAAUUUCCUGAUGUUUGCCCUAGGUUAAAGGCAAAAGAUGCCUAUAAAAGGGAGAAGGCUUUAGUUAAUUUUGCUCAAAACUAAACUAAUGAAAAACUUUCAAUGCUUUAUAAUAGAAACAAUAAUCUUGCAUAUUAUGAGUUAGCAUGUAGUAUUGACAGGCUAUAUUAUAGUGAAUUUAUUUAUUCUAGAGAUAUAUCUUAAAGAACUCAAAAUGUUUCUUUAUGUCUCUACCAAUCUGAACAGAUUUUCUGGCAUAUACUAAUUUGUUUCUGAUAAAUUUUAAUUUCACACAGUGUCGAUACUAACUGUACUGUGCAAAUGUACUGCAUGCACUUUCUUCGUUAUUUUUAUUUAUGUUUUAAUAUUUGAUACUAUGUUUUAUACCUUCUAAUAUGCAAAUACUUUAAACUGUGUAAAAUAUUUUAAUUUUAUAUUUUCCCCUAAAAAUUCUGAUGAUUCAGCUUUAUACAUUUACAUAUUUUUUUAAAAAGGAGUCCACGUUUAUAAGAAUAUUUUAAGUUAUAAAAUUAUUUGCACACAAGCAUGGAUAACAUAAUACAUUUAUUACAGAUAUUGACUGUAUGGCUAAUAUACAUUAAUCCCUUUAAUUAUAACACAUGCAUAUUUGAAGAUUAGGUUUUUUUGUGAAAAUACAAAAUUUAAUUAUAGUAUUUUAACCCUUUAACUGUCAAGUUAUUUUGAUGAUUUGGGUACACAAAUUGUAAAAAUUUUUCCCGAGAUACAGUCGGGUUUGACAAAAAG